GAUUCUCGUCAUGUCGCGGUUGUUGCGAGCGAUGAGGUCUUCCCUCUACACUUCAUCGAUCGAAGCGCUAGUCUUCGGAACGCCGAUGUUCUCGAUGGAGACAAACUUUAUCAAUCACUGGACCACCUGCUUCACCUCGGCGACUGGAGGAAACUUGGCGGACGUUUUAGACUAGACAGUGAUGGGAAACUCGAGAUCCACGUACCAGAGCAGUUUACAUCCGAUCGACCAUCUAUACACUACUCGUACGACAGUCUGCCCAUUAGAGCUGCGGAACAUCCCCUCGCCAGCAAGAUUCCAAAACUUUCAUCGCGACCUUCCUUUCACCCAGCAACCGAGGAGUUUCUACUUCCAUUGACCGUCAGGCCAGGAAUGCCCCAUGCUAUGGAGGACUAUCUUUCGUCCGAUGAGCCACUUCUAUCUCUUCGCGUCGUCGUAUUUCUGGAUGCUACUAUUGUUUCACUGGCCUGGCCACACGCCGUGAUGGACAUGGUGGGCAUGGCUACGGUGAUCCAAGCUUGGUCGUUAGUUUUAGCCGGGAGGGAAGAUGAGAUCUUGACACUCGACGGCGUUAGAGACGACCCCCUUUACCAAGCUACUUUGAAACCAGCAGCGGAAAGGUUUGCACUUGAGCCAUACAUGCUGAUUGGACUCCGUCUAUUUCUAUUACUCUCGCGAUUUUUGUGUGACAUUCUGUUCGGCGGCCUUAGAGAAAAUCGAAUACUCUACCUGCCGCAAAAGUCUGUACAGAAUUUGCAUUCUCAGGCGAUGUGUGAGAUCAACUUCCACAGGGAGGAACCGUUGAGAAUCAGUCGCAGCGAUGCGAUUCUAUCGCUCUUCUCAAGGAGCCUAGUCCUGGCACAGAAACAGCCCCUGCUUGUCAUCGUCCCCAUGGACUUGAGGUCACGGCUCAAGGAUAUUUUCCUCCCGAGCAUGUCUUAUCCGCAAAACGCCAUCCAGGGCGGCCACUUCACCGUUAAUGCGGAUGAGAUGACUACUAAAUCCAUUGGGCAUCUGGCUUUAGCUUUCCGCCAGAAUAUCGUUCAGCAGGGGGACCUUUCGGACUCGGGUGGCGACCCGGCCACCGUGUAUGGCCCAUCCAAUGCUAUCAUGAUGGUGGCGACGAACCUGAACAAAGGAAAUCUUCUAUCGAUACCCAACUUUGCUCCGGCAGUUGUCGGUGAAAGGUGCAGAGGAGAGGCGACGGGGGCUCCUGGAACACCGUCUUUCUUCAAUACAUCCCAUUCGACAUUAGCCUGGAGGCGAGGAAAUGUUCUCAUGAAUCUUGGAAUAGACCAAGAUGGGGGCCAGUGGAUUUCGGGGUCGUUCAACACCAGGACAUGGAAACAUGUUGAAGAGAGUGUGAAGGAUCUCUAA